UUAUUUAUCGUAGUGGGGAGCUCUCUGUAUAGAAACACUCGUACUUUAUCAGUAUAAGUGUAGUUUCAAAGAUGUAUUUGUGUCAUUCAGCUGGUAGGGAUAGUUAUUUUGUUUAAAAAAUUAGUUACGGCAUCUAACCAAGACCUAAAAGGAACUCUGUGGCAGUGCAAUGUUACGCGUUAAGGUAGCGCUAGUUGGUAAUAAAUUAGUAAUAUAUAUUUUUUGAUUUAUAAAGUACGUAAUGGCGCAUGGUAUUGAAGUGCUAAGUGAUAAAAUAGAUGUUAAUUGUGUUAACAAAAGUCUGAAAAAUUCGACAAUGAUACAGCAUAAAAAAACGGCUGUGACGGGAAGCAGGCGAAUAUUUUCAGCACCGUUUAAAAUUCAAGUAUUGGACUCAUAUCGUAAUGAUAAAGACUGUAUUGGAAAUCAGCGUGCUACUGCUAGAAAGUAUGGGAUUCAUCGUCGACAAAUACAAAAAUGGUUACAGUGCGAAAAAGAUUUACGCAAUAGUUGUGCUAAUAGUGCUGUGGGUAGUUCAGGUCCAGGUCUAGGUCCAGUUUCAGGUCUUGGUUCAGUUAUAGGACUAGGACCAGGACCAGGACUAGGACCAGGACCAGGACCAGUUAAUUGUGGCAAUGGAAGUUCUGUUAAUGGGAAUAGCACACCAACAGCAGGUACGGUGGGAAUAAUGAAUGGCCCGGCCUUGAACCUCAGCGUCAGACUGCAUGGCGACGUUCCUCCCACCUCACCAAGCUAUUCUCCAUUGAUUAUAAAUUACGAUAAGCACGAGGACCAUAAUCUCAACCAUAAAUAUUAUGGCUAUGAUAAUUAUCGGCAUGAUCCGAUCUAUGGGGUAAGUUAUUACAGUAAAAAUAUUGAAAAAAAUGAACCUUUAAGCCCGGAUUCCACGAGAAUAGACAAUGGACUUGAUACUAAAGUAGUAUCUGGAUCUAUUAACGGAUCGGAAUCUAAUUUUAAUCUGAUUGGAUCUAAAUCUGAUAGUAAUAAAAUAGAAUCAGAUUUAAAUUUUAAUGUAAUCGGAGGUAAAUCUAAUUACAAUGUUACAAAAAUGAAUUCUAUUACUAAUGGAAUUCCAUUGGAGUCUAAUACUACAUGCGAAUCUAAUUAUAAUGGCAAUGUUGUUAAUUCUAAUGUUAAUGAAAUUAGAUCUGAAUCUAAUUACAAUAGAAUAGAAUUGACAUCUAAUAAAUUAGAUGAUUCCAAUGGAUCUAAAUCUAAUUAUGUAAUUGGAUCUGAAUUGAAUGAUGUGAAAUCUGAAUCAGAUUUUAAUGAAUCGAUACCUAAAUCAAUUGGAUCUGGAUCUGAUAGAAAUGAAUUAGAAUCUAACGUCAAUGGAACUGAAUUUGAAUUGAAUAACAGCAAAAUAGGAUCCAUUGAAGAUUCAACAAGUGAAUCAAGAUCAUCAUUAGCGAGUUCUGGAUCCGAUAGUGAAGAUCCAUUAGACUAUUCGCUAGAAAUUCCAACCCGUGACAUCGGAAGACGGCGAUCAUUUCCUCUAAAGUUCAAAUUAGAAGUUCUCGAUGGAUUCUAUCAAGAUCCGCUGGUUGCUGGCAACCAGAGAGCGACUGCACGUAAGUAUGGAAUAAACCGACGACAGGUACAGAAAUGGCUUGGCCAGGAAUCGGAGCUUAGAGAAGAGAUUCAAUUAAGAAGAGGAGAAUUACGGCAGAGAUUGGGCGCCAGUGAGGUGACCAACUCGCCCGUGGAUCUCAGGACUGGAGAAAUCGAGUACGAGUAUCCGGAUAGAUACGGAUUCGCCUGCUGCUAUUACACAGAAUACCCGUCGGUUUGCUGCAGGCAAGACGAACAAGAGAGCCCUCUUUGUCUGGUGAAGCCCAAGGGGACCAACCUGCCCAAGCCUAAAAAGGAUUAUAUUUCUUUUAAGCCUUAUCUGGACAAUCCCGUUGUCAAGCCCGACGACGAACAGAAUGAUAAUGAUAAACACAACGGGAUCUACAACCUCUACGAGCCACCCAUCAGGAAGACGCAUCCAGAUUUCUCCGUGGAAUUGAGCUUUCAGACUCCAAGAUGGGGGUAUUCUUACGAUAUCCCCGAGAUGCCGAGUGCCUUCGUUCAUUAUCGCGCUAAUUUCAUUUGAAUUUUCGUAAUUCGCGGUUUUUAAAAAUAAGAUAUUCAGAUAGUUACAGAGGUUAGAUUUUCAUAUUUUUAGUACAGCUCGAUUUUUAGUUUAAACAGGGUAUGGAAAAUUUAAAAACUUUUAAUUUUGCGGGAAAUUUUAAUUCUUUUAUUUCCCUGGUUAAACAAAACGAUUUACUAAAAUUUGAAUUUAUAUAUUGUAGUAAAAUUGAAUCGUUUCUUUUAAUCUGGGUGCCUAAGAAAUUCUAAUUUAGAAAUUUUUUAGAAAAGCCGAUUGUAAAACUAUUGGAAAAUUUUAACGCAAAUUUUUAUAUUUCACGGGAGAUUUUUAUUUCUAAAUUUUCCGGGAAAAUUAAAUUCUUAUUCUUAAAAAAUUAAAAAAAACUGUUAGAUUUUUAGGAAAAUUUAUAACUUUAAAAUUUUUCUGACAUUAAAUGGUGAAUUUCAUAUAAAAUUUGAUAUUGAAAAGAAAAUUAUAUACGAUCUCGCUGGAAUUGGAGUUUCUCAAAUAUUCCAGAAAGUUUUAAUUGUAAAUUCCAUGGAAGUUUCAACGUAAAUUUUCCUAUUUCACGGAAAGUUCUGAUGACUAAAUUUCACGGGAAUUUUCGAUUUUUAAAUUUCGCGGGAGAUUCGAAUUUUUUAAUUUCGCGGGAAAUUGGAAUUUUUGAAUUUCGUGAGAACUUUGAAUUUUUAAAUUUCUUGGGAAUUUUGAUUUUUUAAUUUUGCAGGAAGUUUUAAUUUUUAGAUUUUAUGGGGAAUUCUGAUUUUCGAAUCACGGGGAAUAUUUGAAUUUUUUAAUUUUGUGGGGGAUUUUGAUUUUUAAAUUUCGCGGGAAUUUUGAAUUUUUUUAAAUAAAUAAUUAAGAGUUACGUAAUUUCAAAUCAUUCCAAAUUAGAUUUCUUAAUCAGGGAUUCCUAAAUUUCGCGGGAAAUUCUGAUUUUUAAAUUUCACGGAAAAUUUUGAAUCUUCAAUUUUCUGGAAAAAUUCAACUUUUUUUCAUAAAAGUAUUAAACAAAAAUUUUGAAACAUUUCCAUUUCAAGGAAAAUCAGAAAUUGCAAAUUUUCCUGAAAAAUUAACUAGUAAAUUUCAUGGAUAAUUUCAAUACACCUUUUAAAAUCGAGUGGGAAAUUAUUUGAACUCGCGGGAUAUCGAGUUUUUAAAUGUUCCAGAAAGUUUUAAUUGUAAAUUUAACGGAAAAUGUCAGCGCAAAUUUUAAAAGUGAAUGGAAAAUUUCAAUUUUUCGCCAGAAAUUAAAUUUUGUAAAAACAAAAAUUCAAAUUUCUCGUAAAUUUUUCACAGAUUUAAAAAUUUGCCAAUAAAACUAUAAUCUAGCUAAAAUAUAUAAAAAAUUAUUUUUCGUCGCUUUUUUUAAAAAUAAUUUUUUAAAUAUUUUAACUAUUUUAAAAAAUACAUUUUUCAACAAUAAUUUUGCUCAAAACUUUUUUGCUUCCAUUAAAUUAAGUAUUUAAC